AUGUUAUCCUUCACAACAAGGCAUAUAUACUCAAGGACGAAAGUGAUCAAAUGUGGAAGGGUGCAAAUAGUAUUGCAAGCAUCUAGGCAAGUGCACACAUAUAUAUUUAAAUGUCUAACAGAAUAUAUCCUCUUGACUACUCAUUUGUAUUGUAGAAGUACAUCUAUACAGAAGGAUGAAGAAUACCAAUAUAUUAAGAAAAGUAAAACUCCUACAAUGCAUUUUCAACCAUCUCUUCCACGGUUGCCUAUUCCUAAACUAAAAAAUACUUGUCAGCGAUAUCUAAAUGCACAGAAGCCUAUAUUAUCUAAUGAGCAGUUUGAAAAGACAACAUCCUAUGUCAAUGAUUUUCUGAUCAAAGAUGGUAUUGCUUUGCAUGAACAACUUGUUGAAAAAGAUUCUAAAAAUCUUCAUACCAGUUAUAUUAGUGAACCAUGGUUUGACAUGUAUCUUCGAGACCGUAAACCUUUACCUAUCAAUUACAAUCCAUUCUUAGUUUUUGUACCAGAAGAAAAGUCAGAAUAUAAUAUACAGUUAGUUAAAGCUACAAACUUAAUCAUAUCAUCACUAAGAUUCAUGAGAGCAUUAAAAGAGCACAUUUUACCACCAGAGGUAUAUCAUUUAAAUCCCAAAAAGUCUGAUACUGAUCUAUUUCGUACUGUCACAAGAUUGCUUCCAUCCCGGUUUAGUUGGUAUGGAGCAUAUUUAUUUAAGGCUUUUCCUUUAGAUAUGUCACAGUAUCCGAAUUUAUUUAAUUCAACAAGAUUACCAAAAUUAGAAAAAGAUGAGAUAUGUCGAGAUGAAUCGGGUCGGCAUGUGAUUGUAAUGAGGAAAGGAUAUUUCUAUUCUUUUGAUGUAGUAAACGAAAAUGGCCAUAUUUAUGAAUCAAAAACAAUAGCAGCAUGUAUAAAGACAAUUUUAGAAGAUGAUAGAGCAACCAAUAAAUGUUCUAUUGGAGUACUAACGACUGCAGAACGUAAUUUGUGGGCUGAUACUAGAGAGCAUUUGUCACGAGUUGGCAACCAAGAACUUCUAGAAAAAAUAGAUUCUGCCAUAUUUAUGAUGAUAUUGGAUGAUACACAUAUCGGCACCGAUUAUAAUAAAUUACUUGGAACAUAUCUCCAUGCAGAUGGAACAAACAGAUGGUUUGAUAAAUCAUUCUCUUUAAUCGUGACGCAAGAUGGAUAUGCUGGAAUAAAUUUUGAACAUUCUUGGGGUGAUGGGGUUGCAGUCCUCAGAUUUUUUAAUGAUGUAAAAGAUGAUGUAUCUAAAAAACCGAGAUUCCAUCCUACUGAUGUUCAUCACAUUCAGAAAGGAGCAAUGAUCAAUUUUAAGAAACUUGAAUUUAAGGUAGAUAAUAAGAUACAAAACACUAGUGACGAACAAAAGAUAAAUUAUAAAGAAUGGACAAACCAAUUAAGUAUUGAUCAUGUUAUAUUUGACAAAUUUGGUAAAGAUCAGUGUAAAAAAUUUGGAGUAAGUCCUGACGCAAUUAUGCAAUUGGCUUUCCAGUUAGCUUUAUAUUAUCAAAAAAACUGUGUAGUGCCAACAUAUGAAUCUUGUAGUACUGCAGCAUUUAAGCAUGGACGAACAGAAACUAUUAGAUCCUGUACAGUGGAAACAAAAAUAACAUGCGAAGCUAUAGCUCAAAAAAGUAACAAUUUAUCUAAGUCUGAAUUGAAGCAAUUAAUAAUUAAUUGUAGUAACAGUCAUAAUACAAUCACUAAAGAUGCUGCUAUGGGGCAUGGAUUUGAUCGACAUUUGUUUGCAUUAAAAAAAAUUUGUGAACAAUUAAGUACACCCAUGCCAACAAUUUUUAAAGAUCCAGCAUAUGAUUAUAUUAAUCAUAACAUUCUAUCCACAUCAACUCUUUCAAGUCCUGCUGUACUUGCUGGUGGAUUUGGACCAGUGGUGAAUGAUGGAUAUGGAAUCGGAUACAUGAUUCAAGAUCAAAAACUGGGAGCUAUUGUAACAAGUUACAGCAAAUAUUGUAAUUCUAGUGAGUAUGUAAAAUGUUUAGAACAGGCAUUUAAAGAUAUUCAUCAAAUAUUGAUUCAGUGACCAAAACACUGUUGUGUACCUACAAUCAAUAGUAAUUACUGUAUUGAAUGUCA